AUGGGUGCAAAUGGGAGCAAAGUCACAGCCCAGGACAAAGCCAUCCUGGAUAUGAAGAAUCAGCGCGAUAGACUCCAUCAGUACCAGCGGAAAAUAACAGUUCUUACAGAUAAGGAGACCGAUAUCGCAAAGCAGAUGCUGGCAAAGGGUGACAAGAAGCGCGCUCUGUUGGCUCUGCGGCGCAAGAAGUAUCAGGAGUCGUUGCUGGCAAAGACGGAUGCGCAGCUGGCCCAGCUUGAAAAGUUGACGUCGGAUGUCGAGUUUGCGCUUAUACAGAAGGACGUUGUGUUUGGGUUGCAGCAGGGUACAAAGGUCCUCAAGGAGAUUCAUGCUGAGAUGGGCGGUAUAGAAAACGUGGAAAAAUUGAUGGGUGAAACGGCAGAUGCUAUUGCCUAUCAGCAGGAAGUUAGCGAUUUGCUUGGAGGGCGCAUGUCGAACCAGGACGAGCAAGAAGUGGAAGACGAGUUGGAAGCUCUCGAGGCCGAACUUACAGGCCCUGCACCCGCCGAACGACUCCCAGACGUUCCCAUCAACGAAUUGCCACAGCCCCAGCCAGAGAUCGAGGCACAGACGAAGGCAGAGAGGACAAAACAACCAGCCAUGCUCGCAGCAUAG